UGGCGACCAGAAACCCCCGUCUCUGUGCCAGAUCCCCAGGCUGAUCUGUGACCUGUGACCUGAUGACUGACGAACCGAAGGGGUCCUUGAACCUUGGGACCGUGUCCAGUCUUCUUUCCGCCAUCUCCGGCACGUUGAACAUUUCCAUCCCCUGCGGCGUCGACCCUCUUCACACAAUGCCAUCCUUCACCAUGCUUCUUUAAGAAGGCCCGACGACGAUACACCAUUGCCCCGGAUCCUCCCACUCUGUGUUUCGUGCUUAUGCACAGCCCGGAUCCUUGAACAGCGAGUUGCGGCUUGCAUUGGCUUUGGCUCUUGUAGCACCAUAAUCCGAGCUGCUAGUCACAUCAACUCGCCGCCUCGCCAUGGUUCCUUUUCGACGCUUAUCGCAGAGGGGUCGUCGCAGCUUCGAAGACCGCGACUCCUACGAAUGGCAAGACGAACGAGAUCAACGCAUCAUGACGGCAACCUUCCCCAUACACCCGCUCGCCUCCAUGCAGGCGCCCUUCGAGGAGUCCAUGCUCGAUGCAACCGGCGAGACUGGCCAUGUCCCUUUCGUCAAUCCCAAGAAGAGCGUCAAGACACGCCAACAGAUGUUGUGCAGAGAAGAGAGCGCGUCAGAGCCUUCAUGGAACUUUACAUACAACUGUCAUUGGAGAAACAACCCGAAAGGCAAAUUUCAUCCCCUGACGAAGACCGUCGCGCAGAUCGUCUUCGGCGUCCAUCUGCUGCAUCAGCAUCUGGAAAAGUCGGUCGCGGAUGUAGCAGACAUCCUGCUGAAGCAUGUCAAUGAGCUUGACAGCUUCUUGCAGAGGGCAAACGAAGAUCUGGAAAGCAGCAUGAAAGACAUGCUCUUCCGACAUAAAUGCUUAAAAGUGCCCAUGGAACACGUAAACGAAUUCGAUCGCCUCCUUGAAGACCGUUCAUACCGCGCCCAACUUCUCGACGGCAACAUCGUAAUCGAGCGCACCAUCGGGCGCAUGUCGCAAUUGCUCAACGACUAUUUGAUCGAUAUAAACGUAUUUCGCGAAGCCAACCAAGAACUCGACUUGUACCUGGGCGACGUAGGCGACGCGUGGACAUACCGUAAUGAGGACAUUGGGCGCAUAUACUCAGCCAUGUGUGGCAAUACUGGAGGCUGGUCGCAGUUUUUGCAAAGCCUUGUGGCAAAGGCUGAAAGACUAGGUGUUGUGCUCGUACAAGUGAGCAGCUACUGCAAUGAGAUUGAGAAGCGGUGUGGUGCUGCAAGUCGCCGAAGUUUGAUUGCAACGCGUUCAUCCUCACGAAACUCGUCCAACUCGCGCGAAGCACGUCCGUUCCGAAAUUUUGCCAACAACAAACCUCUUCCUACACCUCCGCCCGAGCGCCCGCCAUUCAUGAAUGCUUCGUCCUCUGGUAGGGAGACCCCUGCCAGUUUUGGCACUCCUCAGAGACAUUCGACCAUAAGAGCAAGACCUCAACAGCAGCCCGAGACCACGAACGUGUCCGACUCCACAGAGACGCCAAAACGAAGCGAAGACUCUUCUUCUGCGUCAGCCAUCUCUAAUGUUGACAUGGAUGUGCGACGUCAGACAAACCAGACGGGGUACUACCGUGAUGCCUGGCACAAUGGAGAGCAGCGUGGAGGAGCGUCACUACAAGCAGAGUCUAGUCGCACAAGUCAGCUCUUGGGACAUCAGCAUAAAGUGUCUUCGCCAUCUAAUUUAUCUGCAGAGGAGAGCUCACCAGCAACAAAACGUCUAUCAGCGAAACCACAGAACGGAGAUUAUAGCCCACCUUUAACCGGAAAAGAUUCGGCAUACUCUUCCGUGUCAGGCGCAUCGGCCAUGUUACCAGGCUUCGCAUCACCCCGCUCAGUAUCUUCCACGUCCUCUCGACAGACUGCCCAAUUCGGUCUCUUCCCUAGCAGAAAUCUAAGUACGCCGAAAGGUUCGAUAUCUAGCCGACUAGGUGCUAGUUCUCCGGCGUUCGAUCGUCCGGAACAGCACCCUAAACCCGUGGAUAUACCGAAUCGUCCACCGACCUCCUUGUCCACCUUCUCAGACGCCUCGACCAAGCGGCUAUCGAAGCGAAGUAGCUUCACAUCUCUCAAACGGUUAUUCACCAAGAAGAAAUCUGGCGAUAUAGGCCCCAUCGCUGAGUGAUACCCUCCUAGUUUGAUCUUUGUUGUUCCCUGUGCCGUCUUUGAUCUUAUUGUCUGGCGUUGCAAGGCUAUAUACCCCUUUGACACUGCGUUUUUUGUAUUGCGCAAUCCAAAUCUUAUAGUCUCUACCGUGGCUUGUGCCCGGUCUUCUGGAUGGUUUACUGGGGCUUCUGGAUGUAUAUAUUCUUGCUCUCGUAGAUGUGAUGCGGAAACGAGC